UACACAGGCUACCGGGGAAGAAGCGACAAGACUUAGGGGGGCUGGGAGGACUUGACAGAAAGCUCAAGUGCUUGCUGGGUGGGUGCGUGCUGUUUGCCAGCGAAGGGGAUUAGAUGGGCUCCGGUACUGUGUGCAGUUGUCCUGCUUUCCUCACUCGCGAGUCCGCGAGCACGCGCGCACUCACGCCCUCCCCACAGCCCCUCCCAUACACAAAUACACACAAACAGAUAGGCACUUCCCUGCCUCUCCUUCUCGCGGUGGGCUUUCGUGCCUCGGAGGCAAGAGCGGGCUCGCGCCGCCGCCGCCGCCGCCGCGCUCCGGCUGCUCCCGGGCGGACAGUCGCGGGCUGCGCCCGGGAGUGGGGGAGGGGUGGUCCCGCGCCGCCGCCGCCGUGCGCUCCUCCUCCUCCCCUCCCCACGGCGUUCCGAGGCCCGGGCGGUUCUGCCCAAUGAGGAGCGGUGUUGCUGGCAGGUGGGGAGUGUUUUUGUUUUGGGUUGAAGUUGAGGCUGAGGGAGAGAAGAGCUAGCCACCAACAGUCGUCGCCGCCGCCGGCUCUGCGGGAGGUGGAGGAGGCCCCGCCGGAGCCGAGAGGUUUCCCGUCCCCGCCGACGGCCCCUGCCCGCCGUUCCUCUACCUCCUCCCCGUCCCGGAACUCCGGGGCCUGCCCCGGGCCCCCAGUCUUUGCACUCCGCACGCCGCAGCGCCCGGCCCCGGCCGCACCCGCCGGCCCCAUGAGGAGGGACGUGAACGGAGUGACCAAGAGCAGGUUUGAGAUGUUCUCAAAUAGUGAUGAAGCUGUAAUCAAUAAAAAACUUCCCAAAGAACUCCUAUUACGGAUAUUUUCUUUUCUGGAUGUUGUUACUCUGUGUCGCUGUGCUCAGGUGUCCAGGGCCUGGAAUGUUCUGGCUCUGGAUGGCAGUAACUGGCAGCGAAUUGACCUGUUUGAUUUCCAGAGGGAUAUUGAGGGCCGGGUAGUGGAAAAUAUUUCAAAAAGAUGUGGGGGCUUUUUACGAAAGUUAAGUCUUCGUGGGUGUCUUGGAGUAGGAGACAAUGCAUUAAGGACCUUUGCACAAAAUUGUAGGAACAUUGAAGUACUGAAUCUAAACGGAUGUACAAAGACAACAGAUGCUACAUGUACCAGCCUUAGCAAGUUCUGUUCCAAACUCAGGCACCUUGACUUGGCUUCCUGUACAUCAAUAACAAACAUGUCUCUCAAAGCUCUGAGUGAGGGAUGUCCACUGUUGGAGCAAUUAAACAUUUCCUGGUGUGACCAAGUAACCAAGGAUGGCAUCCAAGCACUAGUGAGAGGCUGUGGGGGUCUCAAGGCCUUAUUCUUAAAAGGCUGCACACAGCUAGAAGAUGAAGCUCUCAAGUACAUAGGUGCACACUGUCCUGAACUGGUGACUUUGAACUUGCAGACUUGCUUACAAAUCACAGAUGAAGGUCUCAUUACUAUAUGCAGAGGGUGCCAUAAGUUACAGUCCCUCUGUGCCUCCGGCUGCUCCAACAUCACAGAUGCCAUCCUGAAUGCUCUAGGUCAGAACUGCCCGCGGCUUAGAAUAUUAGAAGUGGCAAGGUGUUCUCAAUUAACAGAUGUAGGCUUUACCACUCUGGCCAGGAAUUGCCAUGAGCUUGAAAAAAUGGACCUGGAAGAGUGUGUUCAGAUAACAGAUAGCACGUUAAUCCAACUUUCUAUACACUGUCCUCGACUUCAAGUAUUGAGUCUGUCUCACUGUGAGCUGAUCACAGACGAUGGAAUUCGUCACCUGGGGAAUGGGGCCUGCGCCCAUGACCAGCUGGAGGUGAUUGAACUGGACAACUGCCCACUAAUCACAGAUGCUUCCCUGGAGCACUUGAAGAGUUGUCACAGCCUCGAGCGGAUAGAACUCUAUGACUGCCAGCAAAUCACGCGGGCUGGGAUCAAGAGACUCAGGACCCAUUUGCCCAAUAUUAAAGUCCACGCCUACUUCGCACCUGUCACUCCACCCCCAUCAGUAGGGGGCAGCAGACAGCGAUUCUGCAGAUGCUGCAUCAUCCUAUGACAAUGGAGGUGGUCAACCUUGGUGAACUGAGUAUUUAAUGACACUUCUAGAGUUACAAUGGAGUCUCCAGUGGAAGCAACCCCAGUGUUCUGGGCAAGAGUUACAAAGUGAGGGCAGCGUCCAGAUCCCCAGAGCCACACAUAACAUGCAUACCCACCCUCACCCCCACCCACUCUAGUUCUGUGACCAGGGGACUGAAGCCCAUGCUGGCUUUAUCACGUGGAUUGGUAAAACUUAACCAUUCCUGUUGGACAUGACAAGAAGAAAAUCAUAGGCAAGGUGGAGGGAAGGGGGCAUUCCAGCAAACCAGUGUUACUGCUCCUGCAGUUUCUUCAUUUUGUGAAGGGGUUUCUUUGGUGAUUUUGGAACAGCAACUGCAGUCCUCCAGGGUCAAGGAAAGCAUAGAAAAACAAUACAUGUUGUAUCCAGGGACCAGAAAGAAAAUUUCUUUGCAUCCUAUAAAUGGUAGCCAUCCAUCACGAGAUGACUACGGAGCUUCUGUGCUUCCUUGUUCCCAUGCCAACAUGCUGAGCAUGCUCACAAAGAAGGCUCAUCCAUUCCUCCUCCUGUGUUUUAAGUAUUUGGCCCAGAGGUUUCCUAAAUGGUUGCACUGAAAUCGCUGUGGUCCAAAUGUGAUUACUUACUCACUCACAUUGUCACUCUCUGUAGCACGCUUGUGCACCUGUCUUCCGUUCUUUGUUGCUCCCUCCUGCACUCUUGCUCAGUCUGUCACCUGUUCAUUCUCCGCUUACUCACACUCAAUUGUUACUCUUUUGCUGUUGUUGUGUUUACAGUGUGCAUUUUGGAUGAUUAGUUGGGGUUACCAGACAUUUUUAAAAGAGACAUUAUCAAUAAAUAUUUUUUUAAUUUCUAAAUUUUACCAUUAGGGGACCCUGCCUGAGUCUUUGCCAGUCUGAAGGGAAACUAUCACAAAACCAAGAAAUGGUAUGAGAAGAAAUUGAGCUAAAACUAUUUUGACAAAAACAAACUUUGCCUUUUGGUUUCUGUUAUACCUUGUGAUAUGUAAUAAUAUGCAUGAUGUGCCCAGUAUUCUCCCUGCACAUUUUUCCUCCCAUCAGACUCCACUAACUUAUUAAUAAGAAGAGAGAAAUGCAUUACUAGUAAAGAGUGGAAUGGCAAAUCCCCAGACUGAGGCCAAAAGCCCCCCCCGCCCCCAAGCGGACAUGUCGGAUGUUCACUGAGGCCUAGGUGUGAGCAGUAACGUCCCUGAUUUGUGUCUGUGAGGUGGUUUUGCUUUAGUAAGAGUGCUGCUGGAGGUGCUGUGCCGUCCAUCUGGUCAGUUUCUCUCUUUUCCCCCCUGUUCCAGCCUGUCAGGGAUACAAGAAUGACCCUAGGACAAUUGGUCAACUGUAUGUCAGUGUUGAUGAUAUAUCUCAAAUGUUGGCACCUCGAAGGACCCAAACCAUUUCAAAACCUGUCAGGCCUCUCUCUCUCGUGCUCCAGACUUGCCAUGAAUGAGAUACAGGUGUAACCAGGUGAAAGCUUUGAGAGGAAGCAGAGGGUUCAGUGUCUCUGCCCAGCAUGGUCAGCAGAGCUGAAGGCAGGUCCUCAGUGCCCAUGACUCAGAGUCAAAGAAGAGGCUUCCUUCCUUUCCCCAUGAAUGUCAUAAAGCAUGAGGGAACUAAAAUGAGUUUCUAAAGUAUAAGUAGAUUUAUAAACCCCGAAGUUAGAAACCUUAUGUGGUUUUUAAUAGGACAACUUUUUUUUUUUUUUUUUUUGGUCUUUUAGGACAUUAUUGUGCCGUCUGCCAUGAUCUUAGAUCAUCUUCUGCAUGAUCUAGGCUGUCAAAAGGCUUGUUAUAAUGCUGCAGGCGCUGGUUCUACCAGCAUAUGUAAGAAUAAAGUGUGACUUAUUUCUCCUCAAGCAGUUCGAUGAAAGGGUGCUAGAAAUCCAUACUGUCCACCAUUAUUUCACAUGUUAAAUUUAUUUUAAAUUCUGUUUUUUAUUACGCCCUUUUAAAAGCUCAAAUUACUUUUUUCAUUCCCCCUUCCACUUAUCCUCUUUUCCAAUUAUCAUAUGAAGAAUAUCCCACAUGUACAGAUAACACGCACAUGCACAUACACCUUCCAGAUGUGGUUAAUAAUAUUCAGAUCCCCAGGUCACUCAUUCAAACAAAAGUAAAAAGAGAGAUAUUUAGGGGCCAUCUGCUCUAACAUAUUAAGGGUUUUUUUUAGUAUUGCCUGAACAAAUUGACCAUAAAGCCCUGAUUGAUUAGUGAGUAUGGAUUUAAAUUGCCCACCAGUUGAAGUGAUUAAGGUACUUCUUUACUUAAAAAGUACAUAAAUGUAAAAGACCCUAUUCACCAGGACAUGAACAUCUUGGAAUCUCAACUCAGAGUGGAUCCACAUGCGGGUGCCUGUGGACUUGCUCAGGCGACCCCUCCCUGUCUGGCUAAGAGCAGAGUCCAGUGAGAGAAAAAAGGAGUGUGCAGCCCUGGCUUGUGUGUGGUCAGGCCUUGUUCCUUUCACAAGAAAACUUCAGGCCUAUCAAGCUUGGAAAGAAAUAGAUUUUUUAUGCCAAUCUGCAAUGUACACCAGCUGAUGAAAUGUACCGGGAAUGUAAGAACCCAGAACAUGGUAAGUUUGGUCAGGUGGAAAGGGCCCUGCCAUCCUGUCUUAAUAUCAGGGACACUUUUGAAAAUUCAGUAAGGCUUCCGAGGUUUAGGAAAAGCUUCUUGGCCCAUUCAUCUGAUUCCAGAGCCCUGGCCCUCUAUGCCUUCCAUGGUGAAUACAGUGAAUGGAGAGAUUUGGGAUAAGUCAGAAGGUACCCUCAGAGCUAUUGCAUAGACCUGCAGGUAGCCAGGAGGGGUUAUUGUUGUGUCUGUGGGGAACGUUAAACAUCCGGAUCACCUCUUUUCCAAGCAGCCUUUCCCCUGCAUUUUCCAGCCAUCAUUUGCUAUAUCAGUGUCUUUUCCGGCCUCUGCACUGGCUCCAUCAAGGUGAUCCUAGUUUCUUUUUCUUUCUUUUUUUUUCCCCCCAUUGCUCCCAUUUUCUUCCUGUACUCAUCCUUGCCUUCUAUUUAAAGCCUCCAUCUCACUCCCAGUGAUGCUGCUGAUUUAUUCUCGAUGUCUCCAGUCUAGCUUUCUCUUUAGGUCCUUGUCCUGAUCUAAGCAAGGUCUCUGGGCAGCCUUGAUUACAGUAGCUGUUGUAUGGUUCAGGCCAUUUUUCACUGGGUGGUCUUGGAUGUUUGCUUACCAAAGUUGAAAUCACGCUGUUGAAUAUGAGGAAUAAGGGGAUCUGGCUUUUUCCUCCCCCCCUCCCCGCAGUAUUUGGAAUAUGAAAGUGCAUUGUGCUCUAUGUAAAAAAAAAAAAAAAGUUUUCUCCUCCUAUUCUGCUCUUUAGUGGAUGUAAGAAUAUUUCUUAAAUGGUUUUUGUAAAUUUCCACGUCCAUUAGGUUGAUGUGGCAGACCUGUAAGUCAGAAAUUUUACAUAUUCCUUACAGCACAUGUUUUAGAGGGACACCUGGCAAAUAUUUUUAUGAUGCUUUAUUUUGGGCUUUCCAAACCAUUUGAACUGUUCAGUACAGCUCUAAUGCUACAGCAGUUGGGUUCCUUUAUUUCUAAUUCCCUUGUAAAUGCUUCGUUACCGGUUUGAUAGCCCACGCAUGCCGUGGAGGGUAAACAAGGUGUGCGGGAACUUGUCCUGGUCUGAAGUUGUAGGGAAGUGUGAGAGUGGCACCGGAAGGAAGAGGGGGCUGCCUGCCUGUGUGGACAGCAUAUCUUUAGGUGACUGUCGUUUUGAAGAAGAGGAACACUUGUGGAUCAUGGUUGACCGUUGGCCAUUUAAUGUUUAUUAUGCUGAAAGUCAUGGCUGCUUAUGACAGGUGCUACGGGGGUGAGAGGAGGGGUUUAAAGGAAAUGGGUCUAUUCUGCUUUUCCCUCCUUGUGUGCAUGGUUUAAGAUAAGGUUUCCGCCCCCAUGUGUGUCCUGGCUGAGGGACUCAGUGGUACUCUUUGAGCUUCCAGAACUUUUUUUUUUUUUUUUAAAGAUUGCCUUCCUGUCUGCCCACUGUUCUAGGAUCUUUAACCACCUCAAACCCAAGCAGUGUGAAUGAGCCGAGACUUGUUUGAGAAGAGGGGGAGGCAAACCCUCCCCCUUACAAUGAUCUUGGCCCAAAGCACCCUAAAGCAGUAGGAGGUUGAGGGGAAAUAUGGAGCCUAAGCCUCUCGUCACUUUUAUUUCUAUCAUAAAUUUUAAUCAUAAUAUUGAAAGGUACAGAAAACUAUAGAAGACCAUGUCGUUAGGCUAUAAUUAACCCAGGUAAUUUGGGAAUAACAUUUGGCUCUAUUUGCUGUAUCCGGGUGCCCUGACUGAACAGCUUGGUCCCCAGCAAAGAACAUGCUGCCCUAAGCUUGCCUUCUCACUUGAGACAAACUCCGCUUGCCAGAAACUACCAUUUGAGGCAAGUGUUUUUUCUGCAUGAAGGGUUUCUGCAGCUCCCCUCACAAAGCAAGUCUCUCUGUUUGUCCAUUGUUACUCUUAGGAACAUCAGAUCUACGUCUCUGAAGGCUUUGACCCUUAGGAAAGUCAGUAAGAACCUCUCAGCUGAGUCUUGAGUGAAUCUUUGGAGCCCAACAGAGUUACACUUAAUUUUCAGCAGAAAAAAAAAUGUCUUGGACAAGCUCACACGGGGGAUAGUAAGAGAAAUUCUGUAAUGUGCUUCUUCCGGCUCUGCCUCAUGCUUUUUUUGAGUAAGCCCCCUGGGGAGUCUGGUUUGAAGGUGUUGAGUGUCUGUGCCUCCUCAGCCAAGGUGUUUUGCUGCCCUUUUAGGAAAAAGAACCAUGAGCAACCAGAACUGUGUCAAUGGACUCUGUUUUCUGUUUUUCGGUGUUUUGUUUUGAAGAAUUGGGGUGGGAAAAUGGUAGAUCAGAUUCAAAGUAAAGGAGAGAGUCAGUUCUGGAACUGGGGCACUUUCCUUCAGGUCCAAGUGUCUGUCCCGAAUAUGUAGAAACACAUGCCUCACACAUGGGAGUAGAUUUGCUUUCCUCUCCAUCCAGUGAACUCCAUGCCCUUCUCACCAGCACGGAGGGCUUCUGCCUACCACGCAGCCAACUGGAGUCACCCAGAUGGGGAUUGGCACCCUCGAAAGAACCCCCAGUGCUUCUGGGCGUGGCUUUCCCCAGGGCAGGAGCAGGUAGGCAGUGAAUGAGAAUCCCCACCCCAAGAAGAGAUGGGAGAAGAGAGGUGUCCAGACACAGACCUGUUCUCUUCCGCCACACCCCAAGAACCCAGGGAAAUCUUUGAAGUGAUGUCUUUUUUAGUAAAGUGGAAGAAGACUUUGCCCCACCAAGUUUCGCUUGUCACUGUUGCUUACUAUUUACUUUCACUAAUUCACAUCUGUCACACUGCUGCUCUCACACGUUUCUUACCUUAGCCUAACCCUUCUCAGCCCCUGAAGUCAUUAUUUCUGUGUUGUCUGUCUUUCUCUCUCUCUCUCUCUCUCUUCUUUCUUUCUUUUCUUUCUUUUUUUUCUUAUGGCACUAGUGAACGACAACCGAAAGUCUUAGAAAAUCCUAACUUGAAAAAGGAGUCUCUAACUGGCAUGGUUUGAUUAAUUACUUUACCUCCCCCCUCCUCGCUCCCCAGAGACUUGAAUGAUUUUCUUUCCUAGUGCUAUAUAAUAGACCUGUAAAAAGUGAAACCUUUGCUGCUGCUUUUCUGGGUUUACAUGUUUUUUCCUGCCCUUAAGAAUAAUUUCUUUCCUGUGCUUCUCUGAUGACUGUUACUUUCUAUUAAGUGAGGAAGGAGGUGAGCCUGAGAUUUCUUCUCUUACUCCCCUCCUCACCCUACCCCCAAACUCCAUGCUAACCUCUAACACAGGCAAGAGCCGCGGGGUGGGGCUCAGCAGAAGCUCCGUGCUGGGUGUUUUCUCACCAGGCUGCAGCUCGGAGCUGGCCCCUGAGGAUCUGUGACUGCCCAGGCCCAAGGGUUAGAAGGGUUACGGUUGGUCGGUCGGUCGAUUGGUUGGUCCGUUGCGGGGGAGAAAGGUCUCUUAUGCAUUUUGCCUUUCUCCAUUCCUGUGCAACGACUCAGCCUUCAGCUGCCUCCCACCCUGGCCGCCUCCUUUUUCCUACCAGGAACUGUUUCCAGGUAACCUGCCUGAGGCGGUUCCCGGCUGCCCUCCUCAGCCUUGCUGUGACCCUGAGACCCGGUGACCCUGAGAGCACAGAUCAGCUCAGAGCUCCGACAGCUGGGAGGACCACCCCCGCCUGUCAGACUCUGCCUGAGGACAGAGAUAGGUGGGCCAGUGGUGCUGCGGGAGACAUUUUUACCUUCAAACCAGGCUGUUCCAUCCCUGCACUAAGCCCCUCUGACCCCUCUCCCGCUGAGGAGACAGAAGGCAGAGAGGGUGGUUGACCGGCAGGGUCUGGUCCCAAACCUCGCUGUGGCCAAAGCCUCCUGCAGCCGUUGGGCCUGCCCGGUGUGCUUCCCGGGCGGGAGCUGCUGCUUGCCUGUUUCUCCACCAGGCCUGCCCCAGCGCUUGGCCGCCCUGUGCGGCUGACAGUCCCCGGCUGGGCGACUGAACACCAGGCUCCAUUAGCUGUCCCAGUGACUGCUUCCACCCAGUACUUUUGGCGCUUGAGGAUGGGGGGAGGGGGGGUUAUUUAAAAUAAAAUCCAUGGUGGCAGUAGAGGAUUUCUUUUGCUUUAAAAUCUUUGGACUAAAAGAAAAAUGUUUUUUAUAUAUAAAUAUAUAAAGUAAAUUGUUAUGUAACUAUUACUGUUUCCUGUAUGUUCUAAUUUUGUUUUAUGAUGUAAUUAAAGGAAAUAAGCUGUGAA